AUGGAAAUUAAAACAAAACUGGGUGCGCCUGGGCGCUCGCUGUACGUACAGCGAGCGUCCAGGUGCACCCCGGUGACACUGAAAGAAAGAAAUGGAACAGUAAAACUGGCAUCAAUUGAUUUUUCCAAACUGGCAUCGCGAAGAGCUCUUGUUGUGGGCAUCCACUAUUAUUCACCCUUGUUACAUCGAACUUCACCGAAUAGUUCACCAGUGAAUAAGCGACAUAUCUCUGGUAUGUCGUCACAGUUUUCUCCGACAGGGCCUUCGGGGUCUCCCGGAGGAUCUCCGGGGGCCUCUCCUGGCUCUCCCGUAGCUCGGCCUAGAUUUGGAGGGGGUAAUGCUGGCAAUAUCAAUAUACCUGGAGUGGUGAAGCGAUAUGAUGAUAUAAUCAAGAGUGCUGAAGAUAAGCGCGAAUACAGAGGUUUGCUGUUGACAAACAGACUAAAAGUUCUCCUGGUUAGUGAUCCAACUACUGAUAAAUCUGCAGCCGCAAUGGAUGUCAAUGUUGGGUACCUGAGCGAUCCAGAUGAGUUGCCAGGCUUGGCACACUUUUGUGAACACAUGCUGUUCCUCGGCACCAAGAAAUAUCCUGAGGAAAACGAGUACAAUAAGUUCCUAUCGGAGUACGGUGGAAGUUCAAACGCGUCCACAUCGUCUGACCACACGACGUACUACUUCGACGUGCUCCCUGAACAUCUGGGUAAAGCUCUUGAUAUUUUUGCCCAAUUCUUCAUCUCACCGCUGUUCACGGAGUCAGCGACCGGUCGAGAGCUCAGCGCUGUAAAUUCUGAACACGAGAAGAACACUUCUUCUGAUACUUGGCGACUGGAUCAGUUGAAUAAGAGCACAGCUGAUCCUAAGCAUCCCUUCCACAAGUUUGGCACAGGAAACAAGGAGACUUUGGAGACCAUACCGAAGUCUAAAAACAUGGAUGUCAGGAAGGAGUUGCUGAAGUUCCACGAGAAGUGGUACUCCUCUAAUAUUAUGACUCUGGUCGUCUUGGGCAAAGAAUCAUUAGACGAGUUGGAAGCAAUUGUCGUUCCUCUGUUCUCCGCGGUGGAAGACAGGUCGGUGACGGCGCCUACUUGGCCUGAACAUCCGUAUCCGCCGGAACUUCGUAGGAAGAGGGCGUACUGCCUUCCCGUGAAGGAUAUGAGGUCUCUGUCCAUUGAUUUCCCCGUGCCCGAUACGAGAAAAUAUUAUAAAAGUGGGCCUGGCCAUUAUCUAUCUCAUCUCAUUGGUCACGAGGGCCCUGGGAGCUUGCUGUCUGCUUUCAAGAAGCGAGGAUGGUGCAAUAGUUUAGUUGGUGGGACGCGUAUAGGCGCCCGAGGGUUUGGGUUCUUCGGAGUACAAGUCGACCUGACCGAGGAAGGACUCGCUCAUAUCGAUGACAUCAUCAAAUUGGUGUUUCAGUAUAUUGCCAUGUUAAAAGCCGAACCACCAAAGCUGUGGAUAUGGGAGGAGCAGAGGGACCUUAUGGCGUCGGAGUUCCGUUUCAAGGAUGCACAGGAACCCAGGAGUCUGGUGGUUGGACAUGUGCAUCUUCUACAGGAAUUCCCAAUGGAAGAUAUCCUAAGCGCAUACUAUCUUAUGACGGAAUGGAAACCGGAGUUAAUAACGGAAUUGCUGAGUUUGCUGACACCGGAGAAUGUUCGCGUGGCUGUUGUAGCUAAGGCGUUCGCCGACAAAUGCACAAUGUCCGAGUUCUGGUACGGCACCAAAUACCUACAGGAAGAUAUUGAACCGGCUAAAUUAAAGGAGUGGAAGGAAGUUAAAUUGAGCCCGGAGCUGUUCCUACCGCCCCCCAACGAGUUUAUCCCAUCAAACCUGUCGCUGGAGAGGACCGAAGACCCCACGAGUGACGCCAUAGCGCCGGCUAUUGUGAAGGACACAACUUUGAUGAGGUUGUGGUACAAGAAAGACAACGAAUUCUUGCUGCCCAAGGCGGUGAUCACAUUCGAUUUGGUCAGUCCUCUGGCGUACUCGGAUCCAGUCAAUUGUAACUUGACAUCUAUUUGGGUGUUACUGCUGAGAGACAGUUUACAGCAGUUCGCGUACGCGGCAGAACUAGCCGGCCUCAGGUGGAACAUUGGCAAUGCGAAGUAUGGACUUAGCAUAACUAUAGACGGCUACGAUGACAAGCAACAUGUACUGCUGGACAAAAUCAUAGAUAACUUGGUGAAUUUCAAAGCUGACCCCAAGCGGUUCCACAUCAUGAAGGAGAAUCAUCUCAGGGCUAUCAAGAACUUCGACGCCGAGCAGCCGUACCAGCAUGCAGUCUAUCAGCAAGCAUUAUGUUUGGCUGAUUUAGUUUGGACGAGGUGUCAGAUGUUAGAGGCCGCUCAAGAUGUGACGGUGGAACAGCUGGACGAGUUCGCGUCCAAGAUGAUCAGGAAGAUUCAUAUCGAGGGUAUGAUUUAUGGCAACAUUAAUCGUGAGAGGGCCAUCAGAAUUGCUGACUCGGUGGAGAAGAAAUUACCUAAGGACGGCACUCCAUUAUUGGCACAGCAGUUAUUGUUAUAUCGUGAGGUGGAAUUAGAGAAAGGUGCGUGGUACAAGCGCGAGACGGUGAACAGCGUGCACAAGUCGUCGUGCGCGUCGCUGUACCUGGCGUGCGGCGUGCGCGCCGCGCGCCUCAACGUCGCGCUCGAGCUCCUCGCGCAGCUCCUCGCCGAGCCCUGCUUCAACGUGCUACGGACCAAGGUACCAGCUCCAUGUACACGCUCCUCGCCGAGCCCUGCUUCAACGUGCUACGGACCAAGGUACCAGCUCCAUGUACACGGUGCUAGGGAAACUGACACAGACGAUAUUGCUAAUGAUACGUCGCGCUCGAGCUCCUCGCGCAGCUCCUCGCCGAGCCCUGCUUCAACGUGCUACGGACCAAGGUACCAGCUCCAUGUACACGGUGCUAGGGAAACUGACACAGACGAUAUUGCUAAUGAUACGUCGCGCUCGAGCUCCUCGCGCAGCUCCUCGCCGAGCCCUGCUUCAACGUGCUACGGACCAAGGUACCAGCUCCAUGUACACGGUGCUAGGGAAACUGACACAGACGAUAUUGCUAAUGAUACGUCGCGCUCGAGCUCCUCGCGCAGCUCCUCGCCGAGCCCUGCUUCAACGUGCUACGGACCAAGGUACCAGCUCCAUGUACACGGUGCUAGGGAAACUGACACAGACGAUAUUGCUAAUGAUACGUCGCGCUCGAGCUCCUCGCGCAGCUCCUCGCCGAGCCCUGCUUCAACGUGCUACGGACCAAGGUACCAGCUCCAUGUACACGGUGCUAGGGAAACUGACACAGACGAUAUUGCUAAUGAUACGUCGCGCUCGAGCUCCUCGCGCAGCUCCUCGCCGAGCCCUGCUUCAACGUGCUACGGACCAAGGUACCAGCUCCAUGUACACGGUGCUAGGGAAACUGACACAGACGAUAUUGCUAAUGAUACGUCGCGCUCGAGCUCCUCGCGCAGCUCCUCGCCGAGCCCUGCUUCAACGUGCUACGGACCAAGGUACCAGCUCCAUGUACACGGUGCUAGGGAAACUGACACAGACGAUAUUGCUAAUGAUACGUCGCGCUCGAGCUCCUCGCGCAGCUCCUCGCCGAGCCCUGCUUCAACGUGCUACGGACCAAGGUACCAGCUCCAUGUACACGGUGCUAGGGAAACUGACACAGACGAUAUUGCUAAUGAUACGUCGCGCUCGAGCUCCUCGCGCAGCUCCUCGCCGAGCCCUGCUUCAACGUGCUACGGACCAAGGUACCAGCUCCAUGUACACGGUGCUAGGGAAACUGACACAGACGAUAUUGCUAAUGAUACGUCGCGCUCGAGCUCCUCGCGCAGCUCCUCGCCGAGCCCUGCUUCAACGUGCUACGGACCAAGGUACCAGCUCCAUGUACACGGUGCUAGGGAAACUGACACAGACGAUAUUGCUAAUGAUACGUCGCGCUCGAGCUCCUCGCGCAGCUCCUCGCCGAGCCCUGCUUCAACGUGCUACGGACCAAGGUACCAGCUCCAUGUACACGGUGCUAGGGAAACUGACACAGACGAUAUUGCUAAUGAUACGUCGCGCUCGAGCUCCUCGCGCAGCUCCUCGCCGAGCCCUGCUUCAACGUGCUACGGACCAAGGUACCAGCUCCAUGUACACGGUGCUAGGGAAACUGACACAGACGAUAUUGCUAAUGAUACGUCGCGCUCGAGCUCCUCGCGCAGCUCCUCGCCGAGCCCUGCUUCAACGUGCUACGGACCAAGGUACCAGCUCCAUGUACACGGUGCUAGGGAAACUGACACAGACGAUAUUGCUAAUGAUACGUCGCGCUCGAGCUCCUCGCGCAGCUCCUCGCCGAGCCCUGCUUCAACGUGCUACGGACCAAGGUACCAGCUCCAUGUACACGGUGCUAGGGAAACUGACACAGACGAUAUUGCUAAUGAUACGUCGCGCUCGAGCUCCUCGCGCAGCUCCUCGCCGAGCCCUGCUUCAACGUGCUACGGACCAAGGUACCAGCUCCAUGUACACGGUGCUAGGGAAACUGACACAGACGAUAUUGCUAAUGAUACGUCGCGCUCGAGCUCCUCGCGCAGCUCCUCGCCGAGCCCUGCUUCAACGUGCUACGGACCAAGGUACCAGCUCCAUGUACACGGUGCUAGGGAAACUGACACAGACGAUAUUGCUAAUGAUACGUCGCGCUCGAGCUCCUCGCGCAGCUCCUCGCCGAGCCCUGCUUCAACGUGCUACGGACCAAGGUACCAGCUCCAUGUACACGGUGCUAGGGAAACUGACACAGACGAUAUUGCUAAUGAUACGUCGCGCUCGAGCUCCUCGCGCAGCUCCUCGCCGAGCCCUGCUUCAACGUGCUACGGACCAAGGUACCAGCUCCAUGUACACGGUGCUAGGGAAACUGACACAGACGAUAUUGCUAAUGAUACGUCGCGCUCGAGCUCCUCGCGCAGCUCCUCGCCGAGCCCUGCUUCAACGUGCUACGGACCAAGGUACCAGCUCCAUGUACACGGUGCUAGGGAAACUGACACAGACGAUAUUGCUAAUGAUACGUCGCGCUCGAGCUCCUCGCGCAGCUCCUCGCCGAGCCCUGCUUCAACGUGCUACGGACCAAGGUACCAGCUCCAUGUACACGGUGCUAGGGAAACUGACACAGACGAUAUUGCUAAUGAUACGUCGCGCUCGAGCUCCUCGCGCAGCUCCUCGCCGAGCCCUGCUUCAACGUGCUACGGACCAAGGUACCAGCUCCAUGUACACGGUGCUAGGGAAACUGACACAGACGAUAUUGCUAAUGAUACGUCGCGCUCGAGCUCCUCGCGCAGCUCCUCGCCGAGCCCUGCUUCAACGUGCUACGGACCAAGGUACCAGCUCCAUGUACACGGUGCUAGGGAAACUGACACAGACGAUAUUGCUAAUGAUACGUCGCGCUCGAGCUCCUCGCGCAGCUCCUCGCCGAGCCCUGCUUCAACGUGCUACGGACCAAGGUACCAGCUCCAUGUACACGGUGCUAGGGAAACUGACACAGACGAUAUUGCUAAUGAUACGUCGCGCUCGAGCUCCUCGCGCAGCUCCUCGCCGAGCCCUGCUUCAACGUGCUACGGACCAAGGUACCAGCUCCAUGUACACGGUGCUAGGGAAACUGACACAGACGAUAUUGCUAAUGAUACGUCGCGCUCGAGCUCCUCGCGCAGCUCCUCGCCGAGCCCUGCUUCAACGUGCUACGGACCAAGGUACCAGCUCCAUGUACACGGUGCUAGGGAAACUGACACAGACGAUAUUGCUAAUGAUACGUCGCGCUCGAGCUCCUCGCGCAGCUCCUCGCCGAGCCCUGCUUCAACGUGCUACGGACCAAGGUACCAGCUCCAUGUACACGGUGCUAGGGAAACUGACACAGACGAUAUUGCUAAUGAUACGUCGCGCUCGAGCUCCUCGCGCAGCUCCUCGCCGAGCCCUGCUUCAACGUGCUACGGACCAAGGUACCAGCUCCAUGUACACGGUGCUAGGGAAACUGACACAGACGAUAUUGCUAAUGAUACGUCGCGCUCGAGCUCCUCGCGCAGCUCCUCGCCGAGCCCUGCUUCAACGUGCUACGGACCAAGGUACCAGCUCCAUGUACACGGUGCUAGGGAAACUGACACAGACGAUAUUGCUAAUGAUACGUCGCGCUCGAGCUCCUCGCGCAGCUCCUCGCCGAGCCCUGCUUCAACGUGCUACGGACCAAGGUACCAGCUCCAUGUACACGGUGCUAGGGAAACUGACACAGACGAUAUUGCUAAUGAUACGUCGCGCUCGAGCUCCUCGCGCAGCUCCUCGCCGAGCCCUGCUUCAACGUGCUACGGACCAAGGUACCAGCUCCAUGUACACGGUGCUAGGGAAACUGACACAGACGAUAUUGCUAAUGAUACGUCGCGCUCGAGCUCCUCGCGCAGCUCCUCGCCGAGCCCUGCUUCAACGUGCUACGGACCAAGGUACCAGCUCCAUGUACACGGUGCUAGGGAAACUGACACAGACGAUAUUGCUAAUGAUACGUCGCGCUCGAGCUCCUCGCGCAGCUCCUCGCCGAGCCCUGCUUCAACGUGCUACGGACCAAGGUACCAGCUCCAUGUACACGGUGCUAGGGAAACUGACACAGACGAUAUUGCUAAUGAUACGUCGCGCUCGAGCUCCUCGCGCAGCUCCUCGCCGAGCCCUGCUUCAACGUGCUACGGACCAAGGUACCAGCUCCAUGUACACGGUGCUAGGGAAACUGACACAGACGAUAUUGCUAAUGAUACGUCGCGCUCGAGCUCCUCGCGCAGCUCCUCGCCGAGCCCUGCUUCAACGUGCUACGGACCAAGGUACCAGCUCCAUGUACACGGUGCUAGGGAAACUGACACAGACGAUAUUGCUAAUGAUACGUCGCGCUCGAGCUCCUCGCGCAGCUCCUCGCCGAGCCCUGCUUCAACGUGCUACGGACCAAGGUACCAGCUCCAUGUACACGGUGCUAGGGAAACUGACACAGACGAUAUUGCUAAUGAUACGUCGCGCUCGAGCUCCUCGCGCAGCUCCUCGCCGAGCCCUGCUUCAACGUGCUACGGACCAAGGUACCAGCUCCAUGUACACGGUGCUAGGGAAACUGACACAGACGAUAUUGCUAAUGAUACGUCGCGCUCGAGCUCCUCGCGCAGCUCCUCGCCGAGCCCUGCUUCAACGUGCUACGGACCAAGGUACCAGCUCCAUGUACACGGUGCUAGGGAAACUGACACAGACGAUAUUGCUAAUGAUACGUCGCGCUCGAGCUCCUCGCGCAGCUCCUCGCCGAGCCCUGCUUCAACGUGCUACGGACCAAGGUACCAGCUCCAUGUACACGGUGCUAGGGAAACUGACACAGACGAUAUUGCUAAUGAUACGUCGCGCUCGAGCUCCUCGCGCAGCUCCUCGCCGAGCCCUGCUUCAACGUGCUACGGACCAAGGUACCAGCUCCAUGUACACGGUGCUAGGGAAACUGACACAGACGAUAUUGCUAAUGAUACGUCGCGCUCGAGCUCCUCGCGCAGCUCCUCGCCGAGCCCUGCUUCAACGUGCUACGGACCAAGGUACCAGCUCCAUGUACACGGUGCUAGGGAAACUGACACAGACGAUAUUGCUAAUGAUACGUCGCGCUCGAGCUCCUCGCGCAGCUCCUCGCCGAGCCCUGCUUCAACGUGCUACGGACCAAGGUACCAGCUCCAUGUACACGGUGCUAGGGAAACUGACACAGACGAUAUUGCUAAUGAUACGUCGCGCUCGAGCUCCUCGCGCAGCUCCUCGCCGAGCCCUGCUUCAACGUGCUACGGACCAAGGUACCAGCUCCAUGUACACGGUGCUAGGGAAACUGACACAGACGAUAUUGCUAAUGAUACGUCGCGCUCGAGCUCCUCGCGCAGCUCCUCGCCGAGCCCUGCUUCAACGUGCUACGGACCAAGGUACCAGCUCCAUGAACAAUUAGGUUACAUCGUGUUCAGUGGAGUCCGGCGCUCCAAUGGAGUCCAAGGUCUGAGGUUCAUCGUUCAAAGUGACAGACAUCCGGAGUUCCUGGAGCAGAGGAUAGAGGCCUUCAUUCAGAACUCCCUGGAUUAUCUGAAGAACAUGUCGGAAGAAGAAUUCUGUAAGCACAGAGCAGCACUGGCAGCACAGAGGCUCGAAAAGCCCAAACGGAUGUCCAGCAAAGCGUCCCAGCUGUGGUCUGAAAUUACAGGACAGGUGUACAACUUCGACAGAGCGCGGGUAGAAGUGGAACAGUUAAACACUAUAACUAAACAGGAACUUAUACAGUUCUAUAUGAAACAUAUAAGUCCAGAUUCCCCAGAGCGUCGAAAGUUAUCAGUGUACGUCAUAUCGACUGCUGAGGGGGGCGCCGGCAAAGAGGAAACCACACAAACAGACAAGGAGUCAGAAGAUAAUACGUCACAGAAGAGUAAUAAAGAGCCCGUGUCGAUCACAGAUCUCGUGGAGUUCAAGUCAAGAAGGAGGUUAUACCCAUAUCCUAUCCCAUUCACAAACAUACCCAGGAAAGGAGCUCACUGUAAAUUGUAA